AUGUUGGAUGCAUACAUUCUUCCUGUUAUUCAAGGAAAAGUGUUUAUUUCAUUUCAUUUCCUUAACUUUCUAACAGCUUUUCAGAGCUUUGAAGUAGCAAUAGGCAAAGAUAUUAUAGAUGUCACCCUGAUAGCAAGGAGGUGUACUAGGAGAAAUGGGACUCGGAUGUGGAGAAGAGGAGCGGAUGCAGAUGGGUACGUCGCAAAUUUUGUGGAAAGUGAACAAAUAUUACAAUUCAAAGGGUACACGGCAUCAUUUGUACAGGUCCGAGGGUCGAUCCCUUUUCUCUGGGAUCAAAUUGUUGAUUUGUCAUAUAAGCCAAAGUUUGAGAUUCUGAAACCCGAGAUAGCACCUCGAGUUGCUGAGAGCCACUUUUUCGACUUAAGGAAGAAAUAUGGAAAUGUUUUGGCCAUUGAUCUUGUCAAUACGCACGGUGAUGAAGGACGCUUGACUGAAACUUUUGCCACUUCAGUGCAGAAUAUUCUUAACGAUGACUUGAGAUAUUAUCACUUUGACUUCCAUAAGAUUUGUGGGCAUGUUCAUUUUGAGCACCUAAGCAUCCUAUAUGAUCAAAUUGAGGAUUUUCUCAUUAAAAAUAGGUACUAUUUGUUAAAUGACAAGGGCGAAAAAAGUGAUACGCAAAUUGGAAUUGUGCGGACUAAUUGUAUAGAUUGUUUAGACCGUACAAACGUCACACAGAGUAUGAUUGGGAGAAAAAUGAUGGAAUAUCAACUUCAAAGGCUUGGUAUAUUUGAUGCAGAAGAAACCAUUAACACAUAUCCAAGUUUUGAUGAUUGCUUCAAAAUAUUAUGGGCUAAUCACGGAGAUGAUAUAAGCAUCCAGUAUUCGGGGACGCCUGCUCUAAAAGGUGAUUUUGUGAGAUUUGGUUAUAGGACGAUCAAAGGAAUUCUUAUAGACGGCUGGAAUGCUCUAAUGCGCUAUUACCUCAAUAACUUUGUUGAUGGUACAAAACAGGAUUCGGUCGAUUUGGUGCAAGGGAAUUACAUUGUUUCUACUUCUCGAGACAAGGCAUCUGGGUUGAAAAAAGAAGGCAUGGAAGCUAUUGCACCACUCUUCCCUCUUGUUUUAGGAGUAAUACUGAUGGGUAUCGUUUUCGCAUUGUUGUCACUUAUGCAAGUUGGGAAUGAUUUCUGGCAAUUGCCCCUUUCUAUUUUCUGGGCAACAAUGAGUAUAGUGAUAAUAAAAUGUGUUCUGGCUAAUGGUCGGGCUUUCUGCAACAGACCCCGCCUGAACAAACCAACACGCUGAUUUUAUAGUUCAUAUAUAUAGCUCACAUUGUUCAUUGUAAACUGUAUGUUCUUGGUUCUACCUG